UUAUUAAAAGGAAAAAACCCCAAAUUGACGUUUCCUUGUGAAAUACAUAUAAAAUAUUUUGAUUCGCACCGUCGAAAGUUUGUGCGACUAUAGCGUAAUCGUUUACAAAAGUUUAAUAAUCUGAAAUCAGUCGCGUAACAAACGCGAUAUAUUCGUGAUGAGACAAUGAAUGGAAAAUGCUCGACGAAUCGGUGUAAAUAUCUUGGAAUUUCGCAAGGAAAAAACGCAUACAUCCGGUAUUUAUUAAUUGGAGUAUGAGAUCAUGCCUCCCAUGGUUUCUUCUGUUGUUUGCAGACACUAUCUUGGUUAACAUCGAAAGGGUGAUGAGCGUCAACAGUUUCAAGCAUGAGCAAAAUAUCGGCACGGUGUUAUUCGAGAAAAGUGAUUCUGUUAAACAUUGCUGGACUACCGAGGAAUUUAUUAUGUUGAACAGUAGACGUAUGUUUCAAGAUUUACUACCGAAGGUAAAGGUUCUAAAUUACGAGAACGACCGGUACAUAGCUCUGCUGAUGGAUUACUUUCACAUUUGUUUGGAGAGCGUUCGCAAGCUGUCGAUAGGAAAAACGAAGCACCUGAUGCUGAAAGCCCUGGCAGACACUAUGGGAGGCUACUUGCAAGUUUACAUCCUGCCUCUUACGAGGCACUCCUAUUACGCCGGGAACAUAAAAUAUCGAAACGCGAGGAAGCUCUUCGAGCUGUACGAAGAGCUGAAGCUCUUUCUGCGCAGCAACGGGGCGGGCUGGUUGAAGCCUUCGAGAAGCGUCGGGCGUGCGAAAAUUCCGCCAAUCGUGAUCACACCACCUAGAGCGUCUGUCGCGUGCAAGGGCAUUAUUACCUACCUCGCGUGUAAGAACACAUCGCUUCUCAUAGAAUACACAUUUAGAUUGAAACGAUUCAUCGAACUUCAUCCUGCAAUUUUUAAAUGA